GUACAGUUUACAAUUGUUCAGCGGAUAUCAUGCAUUGGGCUGUAUCUUUACGAAACAUGUAAAAUACGAAGUAAAUUCAUAUACAAUAAUUUUGUUAUUUUCGAAAGAAGUGUGAACAAAAUUUAGGAAGCUAAAACUUGAGACGCAUGAAACCGAGCUGGACCUCCUGAGGGGGUUCCUGUGGAACAUCCAUAUUAUCAAAGUUCGAAUUUCAAAAGUGUCAGCGAGUUUUUGUCAGAAAUUCACUGUUUAAAGCGCAACACGUUUGUAAGAAAUAAAACAGAUAUACAAAAAGGUACGAUGCCGGAUAUUAAGGUUACACCCCUGGGAGCAGGUCAGGACGUAGGCCGUAGUUGCAUUUUGGUAUCAAUGGGAGGAAAGAACAUUAUGUUAGAUUGCGGAAUGCAUAUGGGAUUUAAUGAUGAAAGAAGAUUUCCUGACUUUUCUUACAUCGUUCCUGAAGGUCCAGCGACAAAUUAUAUAGAUUGUGUCAUAAUAUCCCAUUUUCACUUGGAUCACUGCGGGGCAUUGCCCUACUUCACUGAAAUGGUGGGCUAUACGGGCCCAAUUUAUAUGACUCAUCCAACAAAAGCUAUAGCACCAAUUCUCCUUGAAGACAUGAGGAAAGUCGCUGUUGAGCGCAAAGGAGAGAGUAAUUUCUUCACAUCCCAAAUGAUUAAGGAUUGCAUGAAAAAAGUUGUAGCCGUUACUCUGCAUCAGUCUGUGAUGGUAGACACUGAAUUAGAAAUUAAGGCGUACUAUGCCGGCCAUGUUUUAGGAGCUUCUAUGUUUUAUAUUCGCGUUGGAUCACAAUCUAUCGUAUACACAGGCGAUUACAAUAUGACACCAGACAGACAUUUGGGCGCCGCAUGGAUAGAUAAAUGCAGACCCGAUUUACUAAUUUCAGAAUCUACAUACGCUACUACGAUUAGAGACUCGAAAAGGUGUCGUGAGAGAGAUUUUUUAAAAAAGGUUCACGAAUGUAUAGACCGAGGUGGCAAAGUGCUGAUACCGGUUUUCGCUCUCGGUCGAGCACAAGAGCUAUGCAUCCUACUGGAAACCUACUGGGAGAGAAUGAAUCUCAAAGUCCCUGUUUACUUUGCCUUAGGUCUAACAGAAAAGGCUAACAAUUACUACAAAAUGUUCAUCACUUGGACUAAUCAAAAAAUUAAAAAGACUUUUGUGCAGCGGAAUAUGUUCGAUUUUAAACAUAUAAAACCCUUUGAUAAGGCUUAUAUAGACAAUCCUGGUGCGAUGGUCGUAUUUGCCACUCCUGGAAUGCUACAUGCGGGCCUUUCCCUACAAAUCUUUAAGAAAUGGGCACCAAAUGAUGCUAAUAUGGUAAUAAUGCCUGGCUUUUGUGUACAAGGUACUGUGGGCCACAAAGUGCUCAGUGGCACGAAAAGAAUCGAAUUUGAAAAUCGUCAGAUUGUAGAGGUUAAAAUGGCGGUAGAGUACUUGUCAUUUUCGGCACACGCUGACGCGAAAGGAAUUAUGCAGUUGAUUCAGAGUUGCGAACCUAAAAAUGUGAUGCUGGUGCAUGGAGAGUUUGCUAAAAUGGAAUACCUUAAGGAAAAAAUCAAGCAGGAGUUCGGCACAAAUUGCUAUAAUCCAGCAAAUGGAGAAACAUGUGUCAUCACUACAACAUCCAAAGUUCCAGUAGACGCUUCUUUGGCUUUGCUGAAAGCCGAAGCUAAACGAUAUUCGGUUCUACCGCCUGAUCCUAAACGACGCCGCUUGCUGCACGGUGUAUUAGUCUUGAGGGAAGAUGGAGUUUGCCUUAUUGAUGCUGAUGAGGUUGCCCGAGCGGCUGGUAUUAUGAAGCACAUAGUAAGAUUCACAUCCACCAUACAGGUUCAAGAUUCAGGACCAGCUUAUGCAACGACACAGAAGCUAUUCGAACCGUUGAAAGAUAGACUGUCAGGCUGGACUGUUCAGUUAACUGAUGGCUCCAUAUCGGUGGAAUCAGUGUUAGUUAAAGUUGAAGGUGAUGAAGACGACCAGAAAAAUGUUUAUGUGUCGUGGACCAAUGAGGAUGAAGAUCUUGGAAGUUAUAUACUCGAUUUCUUGCAAACGUUAUUAAGUUAAAAUAUAUUAUCGUCUGUAAAAUAACUAAUUAAUACUUUUUCUGAACUGAACUUAUUUGUAAAUGAAAUAAAAAAUUAGCUCGUUUACUUUAUA